AUAAUAAAGUUACUCCCUGGAUCCCACCAAACCAUUCUUAAAAACUGGAGGUUGUUGAAAAGUUUUGUGAAAGAGAAGAUCAACAAACACAAGGUGGACUGGAACCCCUCAGAGAACCGGGACUUCAUCGACAGCUACCUGCACGAGAUAGCUAAGGACAAUGGCAGUGGCAGCUUCCAGGAGGAAAACCUCGUGGCGUGCGCGCUCGACCUGCUGUUCGCUGGGACUGAGACCUCUUCCACAACCAUCCGCUGGGCUCUGCUGUAUAUGGCCAUACAUCCGGAAAUUCAAGCCCGCGUGCAAGCUGAGAUUGACGUGGUCAUUGGGCAGGCGCGGCAGCCAGCCCUGGAGGACAGGAGCAACAUGCCCUACACCAACGCCGUCAUCCAUGAAGUGCAGAGGAAAGCCAACAUCAUCCCUUUCAACGUGCCAAGACUGACGGUGAAGGACACGGUCUUGGAUGGCUUCCACAUACCAAAGGGCACUGUUUUGCUCACAAAUUUAACCUCCGUGUUGUUUGACAAGAACGAGUGGGAAACCCCCGACAUUUUUAACCCUGGGCAUUUCCUGAAGGAUGGUCAGUUCUGGAAAAGGGAGUCUUUCGUGCCAUUUUCUAUAGGUAAGAUUUCCUGGAUUUUGUUGCUUCCAUGCUGA